AUGAAUAAAGUCAGGCAAGGAAUCUUAAACAGACCCGUUUAACAAUAUCAUGGUCGUAAUUAAACAACUCUAGAUCUAUAACAUGAAAAAGAAUCACAAAAGAUGCAAUCAAAGCAAAAUUUAUAUAAUAACAUCCAUGAACAUAGAAGAGCCUUCUUUGAUGGAAGUAGGGAAGAAAAAUACGAAUUAAGAUAACAUUAAAAGAAAGAAGUAGAUUUCCUUAAAGAUGCUAAAGAUUGCUACUAACUCAGAGAGAAAAAGCUUAAUGAAUAUGAGAAUGCUAAGAAUUAUAAAUAUUUCCUUGAAAAUGCCAGAAAAGAAGAAUAAGCAAGAGCUGCAAAAAGAGAAUACGAAAGACACAUGAUGAAUUAAAAUAGAAAGAUGAUAUAAGAAAAAGUUGAAAGAAAAGACUUUGAGAAGCAAUUCUCUAUCUAUCAAGAUCUAGAAAAUAAUAGAGUUGACUUUAAUAAGAAAUCUCAUGAUUACAGAUGA